GUUCUUCACGCGCGUCAUGCUAAGGAAGUACGGACGUGCCGAAGCAGUGGUGAGCGGGCCCAGCCACCUAUACCUGUCUCUGACGCAAGUAAAGUGUAUGUAGAGGGACUAAAAGUGGACAGAGUUCCUUAUUACAUGUAGAUAUCGGACACGAGCUGCGGUCUGACAAUGGGAGCGAACAACAGUACCCGCCGCGUGUCAUUCGAGUCAGAUGAGAACGAGAAUAUAACAGUGGUGAAGGGCAUACGGCUCUCUGAGAAUGUCAUCAACCGCAUGAGGGAACCGUCACCUCCACCGAAACAUGAACCUGCUCCCACUCAGCCACCUCCCAUGGUGCCUGCGCCUAUCCUCACUCCUCCUCCUCCUCCUCUCCUGCGGCCCAUACCUCCCCCCUUUGACCCGAUCACCUCCUUGCCUCCUCCUCCUAUUGUAGAACCCGUUGCAUCUCCAGCACCAUCUGCCACAGAGACUGUGGCUGCACCUCCACCGCCUCCUCCUAAAGAACAGGUAGCAGCACCCCCCAUAAUUGAUGUGGUGCUCCCGUCUCUGGUACCCUCAGCUGUUGCUAAUGUUGUCACUGCUACUGCUUUUGAGCCUGAGGCAGCACCUCCUCCUCCUCCUCCUCCUGCUCCUGCUGCAGUUGAGCCAGUAAUUUUGCCUCCUCCUCCUGCUCCCAUUGAUCCCCUGAUUCCUGCUCCUUGCCCUUCUCCAGCUGUGGUGGAAGUGAUCACUCCGCUUGCUCCUCCUCCCCUUGUUACUGAAUCAUCCCCUGCUCCCAUGAAUGAACCCACUCCUUCUCCUCUUCCAAUAAUUGAACCCAUUGCUUCUCCUCCUCCGAUAAUUGAACCCAUUGCUCCUCAACUUGUAAUUGAACCCCUUGCUCCUUCAUCUGUACCUGAACCCAUACCGCCUCCUCUUCCUGUCGAGAUUGAACCCAUCAUUGCUCCCCUGCUUCACGAAUUGGAACCCCUUGCUUCUGCUCCUGUCGCCAUCCUGCCACCAGCCCCAAAACCUUCAGCGGACGUUUUGUCCACGCAGCCUGCUGAGCCAUUUGCUGCGCCUCCCCUGCCUGAGUUUACUACUCCUUGUGAACCAGUUGCACCUCCUCCUCAGCCCCCAGUGGAUCCAGCAUCCCCUGCUCCUGUUCCUGAGCCAGCGGUAGUGCUUGAGUCGAUUUCGGUCCCACCACCUUCUGCUGCACCUGCUGUUGAUGAAGAGGCCCUGAGGAAGAAGAUCACUGAUGAGCUAUAUAAAGAUUUGGAGCAGGACAGGGCCAAGGCUGAGCAAGAGCUGCAAGCCUGGCUGGAGUCGGAGAAGACCCGGGCAGCAGCUACGGCUCAGGCUGAGGCCCAGUCCCAGGUCCAAGAUGAAGUGUCCAGGAUCCUGUCUGUGGAGCGGGCUGUGGCCAACGAGAGCAUCCAGCAUGCUGUAAUAAGAGAGAGGAUCGCCACAGAGGACGAGAGGCUCCGCGCUCAACUUCUCGAGAUGGGACGGAAGGCCAAGCAGCUUGAGGCCAGAGAAGCGGAUCUAAAGAAGCAGGAUGCUUUCUACAGAGAGCAGGUGGCCCGGCUGGAGGAGAGGAGCACUCAGUUCUACAAGGUCACCACAGACAACUACCAUAAAGCUGCCGACCAAGUGAAUGCCAAGUUCAAGCGGUAUGAGAUAUAUCCUGUGUGUGCAGACCUGCAGGGCCAGAUCCUCGCAUGCUACAAAGAGAAUGCUGGAAAGACCCUCAACUGCUCCAACAUAGCAGCCCUUUACCUACAGUGUGUCAACAACGCCAAGCAGAACAAGUUGAGGACCGGGGGUUAAGGACGAGGGAGUAAGAAAGCGGAAGCAAUGAAGAGUUCAUGGUGUGGGAUUACUUAUUAUCGACCGACUGACAGACAGACAGACCAAACCGGAGCGGAGGAAGUGAGGAAAGAGUCAGCACCAAGACGCACACCCUCAAAAAACCCUGUGGAGAACCGAACCGUACCAGACUAGAGGCACCGAACACAGCACCCCGAGAGAGACACAGACACACCCCUUUCCCCCUAGUUCCUUACCUCCCUUCCCCACCUCUCUUACCGUUUGUCUAUCUCUCCUGUGAGUAUGUAGGGAAGUGACACUGUCUGCCAUCUUGGAGCGACAGCCAGGGACCAAGCAGGCGUGAGCUUGGCCCUCAACAAGGACAGUAAAAAAACAACUGGGACGAUCACAAGAAAACGCGAGACACCUCUGUCACAGAACACUUGCACCCAUCCCGUCUCACUCCAGCACUGUUAGCAAAACUAAAGUCUAUUUUUACUGAUAGAAGUCAGUCCUAUUUUGUUGUCCAUGAAUUGUUCUUUUCCUGCCCCCUAAUGCACUAUCCUUUGCAUCUGUCCCUUUGAGUUUUUUGUUAUGUUAAUAAUGUAACAAUGUGCGUGUCGAGUAUUCAUCCAGACCAGCACUUGUGACGAUGUCUGAUCAGAGGAAAAUAAAAGACGAAACGAUGCAGGAA